AUUGUGACCACUUGUUGUUUUCAGUGGUAUACAUGCUUCAUGACAUGCAUUGACGGUCCCCUGGGAGAUCGAAACCGCGAAGUUAUAUCGUGACCCACUUUGACAUCACAGUAUUAAAAAUGGCAACAGCCAACGGUACGUUAAAAGACACCAUUACAAAGGACUUUCUGGGAGAUUAUGAGAAUAAGGGCAAAAAGAUGGUGGACUACCUAAUGGAGCGCGUCUCCGAAAUCAACGGAGACCCUUCGGCUCUACUGGCCGCCACCGACGAGUACUGCUACGGGGAGGGUCGUUGGAUGAUGCACGUCGGAGACAAGAAAGGGGCCAUCGUGCGCAAGCUGGUCCAGCAGUUGGCUCCCAAGACAUGCCUGGAAAUCGGCACAUACUGCGGUUACUCGGCGGUGUUGAUGGCGAGUGUCUUACCUGUAGGAAGCCGGUACAUCACCCUUGAGCCUCGAGAAGAGCUCGUAAAUAUUGCUAGGCAGUUUGUGAAACUAGCUGGUGCCGAUGUUAAUACCAAGAUUACAAUUGUUGGACGGAGAUCGGAAGACGUCAUUCCUACGCUGCGCGAGAGCUUAUUGGUGGACACCUUGGAUUUUGUCUUCAUGGAUCAUUGGGAGGAGUUCUACGUGAGGGACCUGAAACUCCUGGAGUCUCACGGCCUUCUGAAGAAGGGAACCGUCAUCUUGGCGGACAACGUCAUACAUCCUGGAGCUCCAGACUACCUGGAGUACGUGCAGAGCUCAGAGAAAUACCAUACGGAGUUGAUCCACUCUACCCUUGAGUAUUCUAACAAGGAAGACGCCGUGGCCAUGUCGGUUAAUCUGGGAUAAACGGAAACACGGAUGUCAGCGCUGAUGUGAAUUUCUUUAAUUUUCCCAAUAUGUUAUCCUUUCCUUUUAAACACUUUGAUUUAAUUUGUGAAAAUUGUACGGUGUUGUAAAUUGAACCUUGCAAGGAGACAAAGCAAAGUCUAGAUAAAAUCCAAUCAAAUCAAACACGUACCUGUUUUGUAUGCUUUUCCUAUAUUGUGGCAAUGCAGUGAGUACCCAUGGUAUGAUCCUGUGUGAUUAUCAGUAAAGAAGAAAAAUUGACAUACAAAUAGCGCCCUCUUUGGCUGGCAAAUUUGAUUGGGCAGCUGGUGCAGAAAUUUGGCGUUAGGCCUACCUAACCGAAUGGCCACUCUUAGAGGCGCACUAUAUUGUGAAACGCCCGUGAUCAGGUAGCCAAAUCUUCAUGAUUUGGAGUACCAGUGUAUUAGGUGUGCUUUACAUACAAGUUGUCCACAUAAAAAGUAUACCGAGAUAAAAAUUACAUUAAUAGCAAAACUACUUUAUAUAUGGGGUAGAGAAAUAUAUCUCUACAGAAAGGGCAGAAUACCCUCUUUGCGAUGG